AUGUCCACCGACAAUCAACACUCUACAUCGCCGGCAUCUGACACGAAGACAGAUACAGUGUCCUGGCUCGCUCGGCCACUGAAGUACAUAACAGAACUUCGUGUGACCGUAGGCGACUACUAUAUGAACGAGAUCAAGCCUUCCUUGGAGUCUCACAUCUAUGUACUCGCCAUACUUUCAACUAGAGACACUGAUCUUUCAGCCUACGUUGCGGACUUCAAGUCUGCGUAUAAUGCCUACGACGAGGCUCUGAAGGCUGAGCAAAAUAUCAAACUUCUGCUUCUCCGGCGGGCUCCGGCGAACCUCACGAUAGUUCGUGUAGCACAAACUUACGCAUCCACAGCUAGCACGGCGAAGGGAAUCGUCAAAACUCUGACUCAGAAAUAUGGGAUGCGCGCCAACGUUCUACUCAAGAGCGAUCUCAAGGAUACAUUCAACUUGGCCGAAACUCAGCAUACGGAGUCUCUGAACCUCCUGUACACUUCCGACCUAGAGAAACUUGGAAACGGUUGGACCACCGCAGAGAGGGACAGGUUGAACCACCUCAUCUUAAUGACUGUUCUCUACCACGGUGUUGCGGCCUUCGGCUACGGCAACGAGGGUUAUGAGGCGAAUCGGCGCGCUGCUCAAUACUUUAACCGCACCCGGAUAAUGUUGCGCCUUAUGAUGGAUUUGUUCCCGGAGAAAGAGGGCCGUAUCAAAGGGAGUGGCGAAGGAGCUACCUUUGCCCCUGAAGAUAAAAUUUCUUCUCUGUCUCGGAAUGCCUACGAUCUGGUUGCAAGUAUCCCUGUCAAAGACAAUGACAAACAAGGAGACGAAAACAAGAUAGAGCCUUCCAUCAAUCUACCAAGCAAAUCGACAUCCGCGCGUGCAGAACUUCAGCUUCCACCAGCACGCUGGCUAGAGAGGUUACUGGACCGUCGGGAUAGGAGGAGCGGGGAAGACGUAUGGCUGGAAGCAUCCAGAAUCAGACUGAUUCACAAGAAUGCUUCGCAGAUCCGAGUCACAGAUGGUGAAGAAUACCUCGCUUCAUAUAAUGUUGUUUCCUCCUUGAUCGAUGAAGCGGCCAAGUAUCGACAGGUUGGUUCAGAAGCACUUUUCAAGCAAGCGGCACGCCGAGCCCUCUCAGAAGCCAAGGUGCUAAACAAAAAAUACGGCGCGGCUGCGAAUCGUGUCAUCGAAAUAUAUGUAGCGAAGCAAAUUCGCGUCGGAGACACAAUUUUUCGGAACGCAUGGGAGCACCUUACCUCCGACAUCUUAGCACGUCGUUACGAAGCUUGGAGUGACAGGACGCAAGACGAGGUUCUGGAGAAAUUUAACGAGAGUGAAGCGCAUAUAUAUCCUCACCUUGCUGCUGAAGCUUUGAAACUGCUCGAGGUUCAUUGUGAUCAAUGUCAUGCCGGACCUACGGCAUCAUUACAUUAUGCAGAAGCUAGAACAGGGGAGGACUCCAAUGUCCAACCUUCAAUCACCGUUCUAUCUUGCCAGACGCGCAUUCGGGAAAAUCUUUUGAGGAACAUAAUAUCUUGCGCUCCACCGUUCGAUAACUUGAACAAGGCGUCCCCUAUGACAGUCACCAACGACCAUUACAUUGCCCGACCCAGCUAUGUCACAUCCUCGAAAGAUGUCCGCUUUGUUCAUGGUCUGUUGGAGUUGGAGAUGCCACUCCUCCAAUUCAGCUGCUAAAGAUCAUUAGAUGUGUACUCUACUCUGAGGCUGGUGUGUACGGGAUCCAGAUUGGUAUUCUAGAGUUCCCCUUUGAUCUUCCGUAUCCGCAUCAGCUAAGUAUAUCUAUCCGCUUUCUGCGCGAGUACUUAACUAUCUAUAGCCUC